AGGGCCGACAAAUUGCGAUUUGGACCGAAUUGUCAAAGUUAUUACCCUUUGCUACUCUUCAACAUAAAAUGGAUAACAUGGAUAAAUAUUUGACUGUCACUGAAAGAUAUUUCACGCAGAAGUAUUAUAAAAAUACAAAAGAUGACGGUGAAGACCUAUGUGUACUAGUACAUUCCAAUAAAAUAUGUAUUAUUUGUUUGGCAGAGACACAUCCUAUCGUAAAAGGCAAGAAAGCAGUAAUUAGUGUAGAUUACCAGUUUGACAAAGUUAAUAGACUGUGUAACAAGGUCUCAGGUAAAGGCAAAAAGGGUGGCCAAAAUUUGACAGCAGAUGCUCUAUUGUGUAGGGUGUUGUGUGAAGAUGGUAGCAAGUUUUAUAUACCAUGUGGUUUAAAGUGUCAGUUGCUAGAAACAAAUGAUAGCCUAAAGAAGUCACCUACAACCCUUAUAGAAAAGCAUCUGAGUGAUGGGUAUAUUGCAAUUGUUAUGCCAAAGUUGAAAGAGUUUUCUGGUGAAAUGAUGGGACUUCUGUCAAAGGAGGCAUACUUUAAUGAGGAUGUCACCGCCUCUGUCAGUUCGAAGUAACAGCCACCUGGAACUUGAAUGUUGAAGUCGGUCGGUGCUGGAAUUAAAAAGAAGAACGCUUAGUUCAGAAGCACAGAGAUAUUUGACUGUUGUAGAGAAUAUCAUGUACUUUAUGAUGCUCGAAAACAGUGAUAUGUACUUGGGACAACUUGUAAUGAUAAUGAUAACAGUGAGGUGUGCAUUUACAACUUGCAGUGAUGAUGGAUUAAAGUGAUGUGUACAAUGGACAACUUUAAAGUGAUGAUAACAAACAGUGAGGUGUGCAUUAAUACAACAGUGAUGAUGGAAAAAAGUGAUGUGUACAUGAACAAGUCGGAACAAUUUGAAGUAAUGCUAGUUAUUAAAUUUGUACAUGGACAACUUGUAGUGAUGGUGAAAAACAGUGAUAUGUGCAUUUACAACUUGCAGUAAUAAAAGUGAUGUUUACACGUACAACUUAAAGUUAUGAGUAAAAACAGUGAUAAGAAUAGCUUGCUGUCCAUCAAUCUGUUCAUAGACAAUUGGUUUCCACAGGAUAACUUUGAUUGUUAUUAUAUUUGGCAUUUAAGUAUUUGUUACAGGUAUGUUAUAUCAAAACACAGGUAAAGUUCAAUUUGCGCUGCAGUCUACUUGUUAUUGAUAGAGCUAUGACCCUUUUAACCAAAAUGUCUGUGAAAUCAUUAGUUUCCACAUGAUAAUUAAUGUUUAUACUUAAUUGGUAUGUAAAUAAUAAUGUUAUAUCAAGUUCAAUUUUUGCAGCAAUCAACUUAUUAUUGAUAGAGGUAUGCCCACUUUUAAACAAAUUUUCCCUAAAAUUAUUGAUUUCCCCAGGAUAGCUUUUGAAGGACUUCAGUGAUUGUUUUUUGUUGUUAGUCCCCUACCGGUUUA